GGCGGAGUUGAUAGGAGGGGCUGAGCUGCGCCUGCACCGCGCACAGCUCCUCACCUCUGACUGAAUCACGUCUCCAACCUUUUAUCCCUCAACUUGUCCCACGCGGGGAUGGACGCGACUGGCCACCUCGCGUGGAACCGCCGGUGAAGCACAGGGGAUGCUGUUAGCGCGGCGGAACCGUUGGAAGGUGGAGAGGCGUCGGUCUGGGCGUCGGUGGUGAUGUUUGAAGUGGUGACUACAGAAACUGCCAGCGUGUCGGGGAGUCGGGAGAGCUCUGUUCACUGGUGCGCUCUUAUUGGCGAAGGAGAGGAGGAACGGACAUAUGAAUGAGACUGAUCUCUUCUUUUAGUGGCUGAGAAUUGUUGCCUUUUUUGUGGUUCUUUUAGUUCACCGCGCUGAAUUGGCAAAGGCGAAAACAGAACUGAUUGAUUGAGUUGCUUGGAAAGGAAUUCAUGCAUUGAUAGCUUACAAAGCCAAUAUGCCAGAAUGGGUUCUCUACAGUAUCUAUUCCUCUGUGGACUUCUGUACACCCAAAGCGACGGGUCCCGUCUUCGCCAGGAAGAUUCCCCUCCUCGCAUCGUUGAACACCCUUCUGACCUUAUCGUAUCCAAAGGUGAGCCAGCCACCCUCAACUGUAAAGCAGAAGGCCGUCCCACUCCCACUGUGGAAUGGUAUAAAGAUGGGGAGCGUGUUGAGACAGACCGUGAGAAUCCCCGUUCCCAUCGAAUGCUGCUGCCCAGCGGGUCCCUUUUCUUCCUACGCAUCGUCCAUGGACGACGCAGCAAACCAGACGACGGCAACUACGUGUGUGUUGCUCGAAACUAUCUGGGAGAGGCCGUGAGCCGGAAUGCAUCUUUAGAAGUGGCACUGUUGCGUGACGACUUUCGUCAGAACCCGCAGGAUGUGGUGGUGGCAGUUGGGGAAACUGCAAGCUUUGAGUGUCAGCCCCCACGUGGGCAUCCUGAACCAACUAUAUUCUGGAGAAAAGAUAAAACCCGACUGGACCUCAAAGAUGACAGGAUCACGGUUCGAGGAGGAAAGUUGACCAUUUCAAACACUAGGAAGAGUGAUUCUGGGAUCUAUGUGUGUGUUGCCUCUAACAUGGUUGGAGAAAGGGAAAGUGAAAAGGCACAACUUUCAGUAUUUGAAAGACCAGCAUUUCUGCAACGUCCAGCGAACCAGGUGGUUCUAGUUGAUGAGAGUGUAGAGUUCAGAUGUCAGGUCCAUGGUGACCCACCGCCUGCUCUACGCUGGAAAAAGGAGGAUGUGGAUGUUCCUCGUGGCAGGUAUGACAUCAGAUAUGAAAGAGAGGACUUCCUUCUGAGAAUUAAAAAGGCAUCAGUCAGCGAUCAAGGGACGUUCACGUGCAUAGCAGAGAAUCGUGUAGGUAAAGCGGAGGCCUCUGCCUACCUGACCGUCAGAGCUCGCCCCGUUGAGGCACCUCAGUUUGUGGUGCGACCCAGGGACCAGAUUGUGGCUCAGGGACGGACAGCUACCUUUCCCUGUGAGACCAGAGGCAAGCCUCAGCCAACAGUCUUCUGGCAAAGAGAGGGCAGCAAGGAUCUCCUGUUUCCGAAUCAGCCAGCGCAAGGGGACGAACGAGUGACUGUGUCUGUGAAUGGAGAGCUGACCAUAUCAUCUGUGCAACGCUCAGAUGCAGGUUACUACAUCUGCCAAGCCCUCACUGUGGCAGGCAGCAUCAUGGCCAAGGCCCAGCUGGAGGUUGCAGACGCAUCCAAGGGGCGCCCACCGCCCAUCAUCCGGCAGGGCCCAUCCAACCAAACACAAGCUCUGGGAGGCGUGUCCGUUCUCAAGUGUCAGGCGUCAGGAGAUCCACAGCCAACAGUCACCUGGAGGAAGAAUGGAGCGAAUCUGCUUGGACAAGACCCACGUUUUUCCUUACUAGAGCAUGGCAGCCUUCAGAUCCAGAACACAAGGCUGUCUGACUCCGGACUGUACACCUGUGUUGCUACCAGCUCCAGUGGAGAAACAUCUUGGAGUGCUUACUUAGAUGUCAGAGACUCCACUGACCUCAUGGACUUUGUGUCUCACAAUGCGACCGCCCUCUCUGGGCCUCCCUCUAAGCCAGAGGUCACCGAUGUCACCAAGAGCAGCAUCUCAUUGUCAUGGGAACCAGGGCCAGAGGCGGGCUCCCCGGUGUCCUCAUAUGUCAUUGAGGCUUUCGGGCAGUCCGUGAGUAAUAGCUGGCAAACAGUGGCUGAUCAUGUGAAGACCACCGAGUUUACAGUUAAGGACCUACGGCCAAACACUGUGUACCUGUUUAUUAUAAGGGCUGUAAAUGCUCAAGGACUCGGUGACCCAAGUCCAAUGUCUGAGCCUGUCCGGACACAAGACAUUAGUCCCACAGUCCAGGGAGUAGACCAUCGUCGUGUACAGAAGGAGCUAGGGGACGUCGUGGUCAACAUGCAUAAUCCCGUGGUCCUCAGCUCCACUUCAGUGCAAGUCACAUGGACAGUGGAAAACCCAUCACAGUUUAUUCAAGGCUAUCGGGUUCUGUACCGACAAACAUCUGGGUUGCCCUCCCCUGGGCCAUGGCAAAUCCAGGACAUGAGAAUUGCCUCAGAGAGGGACGUAACCCUUGCUGGUCUGAACAAAGGCAUUGUCUACGAGAUCAAGGUGCGACCAUACUUCAAUGAGUUCCAGGGAGCAGACAGCGAAUCCAUGACAGCACGUACCAUGGAGGAAGCUCCUAGUGCACCUCCACAGCAAGUGGCAGUGUUGACAGUGGGGAGCCAUAACAGCACUUCUAUCAGCGUGUCAUGGGACCCCCCUCCCUCUGACCAACAGAACGGUAUAAUCCAGGAGUACAAGAUCUGGUGUUUGGCCAACGAUACACAGCUUCACGUCAACAAGUCUGUGGAUGCGACCAUCCGUUCAGUCGUAGUUGGGGGUCUUCAGACUGGAGUGCAAUAUCGCGUGGAGGUGGCGGCAGGCACUAGUGCUGGGUUGGGGGUCAGAAGCAAACCCCAGCUCAUCAUUUUGGGUGGAGAACUGAAGGAUGUGAUGACAGGAUCAGAGGGCAACCAUAGCAUCUCAGAUGUGGUGAAGCAGCCAGCCUUCAUCGCUGGCUUGGGAGGGGCCUGCUGGAUUGUCCUCAUGGGCUUCAGUGCCUGGCUGUACUGGAGGAGAAAAAAGAGGAAGGGGCUGAGCAACUAUGCAGUUCAGUCCUUCACCUUUACUCGAGCUGUAACAUUCCAGAGAGACCGAGGCCUGAUCAGAAAUGGAAGUCGCCCUGGACUUUUAAAAGCGGGUGAUCCGGGCCUUCCUUGGUUGGCUGACUCGUGGCCUUCUACAAGCCUUCCAGCGAAUGGAGGCUUAGGGAGUCCAAAGAGUGGCAACAACUUUGGCCGAGGAGAUGUUUUACCAUCUGCAGCCGUGGAGAAAACGGACACCAUGCUGUCUGAUGGGGCCAUUUACAGCAGUAUUGACUUCAUGGGCAAGGGAGGCUACACCAGCCCGGCACGAGGCAUCCAGCCCACCCCUUAUGCCACAACUCAGAUACUGCAGUCCAACAGCUUCCACGAGCUGGCCGUGGACAGGCCAGAUCCCCGCUGGAAGGCGUCGCUUCAGGCCCAGCAGGAGAUGGCCAACAUGGGCUACUCACUAACUGACAGGCGACCUGGUGCUGGUGCUAAGGUUGCAAAGAAAAAGAAGAUCAAGGGAGGGACUAAAACCUCUAAAUCAAACGGGACAUGCUGGGCCAACAUGCCUUUACCUCCGCCACCCAUGCACCCGCUGCCAGGUACAGAGGUUGACCUUGAUCUGUACCCCCAGGAAAACCAUAAAGGAAGCUGGGCCCCACCUAUGUCUAUCCACACCUACCGCCAACAGGAUUUGGACAGCGAGGCGGAAGAGGAGAGAGGUCCCACUCCACCCUUGAGAGGAAGAACCUCCUCGCCAGCUCCCUUCAGCCAGCCCUCAUCCUCUCUUAGUUCUGCCCACCAUGAAGAAAUGCAGUCCAUUUUACAGGCCCACUUAGAUGAACUCACUAGAGCUUACCAGUAUGAAGUGGCCAAGCAGGCAUGGCAUAUGAAGAGCAGCCCAAAUGUGUCCAACACACCGAUGGACUUCAUGUCGAGUACACUAGGCUCUGAUCUGGGAGCAACUCUUCUUUCUGAAGAUGAUGAGGAAGAAGAGGAGGAGGAGGAUGAAAGAUAUGCUGUUGUGUCAAAGAACUUGUGCGGCUUUGAAUAUACUCCCAGUAACAGCUUGGAUAGCCUUGAAGGCACAGGGAAAUCCGCCCACCACAAUCACACUGAUAGCUUUGGCACUUCAGACCGUGGUGCACAUGGUACACAUAGCCUCAGACACAAGGGGGCACCAGUUACUGGCCACAAACCUCAGACAGACAAGGUUGGAACUCUUCCCAGACAAAGAGACACCAAAACAGACUCCCACAACCCGGCCACAAAGUCUCUGCACAGCAUGGGAUCCCGAAUGCAAAACCAGUGGGCAGGUCCAACGCUGGACCGCUCGGAGGAGUGCAUGGUAACUGUUUCGACACUAGAGAGACAGCACAUGGCUUCCUGGAGUGGCACGACAUCGUCUGGCAGGGCCACUCUGAGUAGGGGUUCCCACAAAAGACCUGGUGCAGUCCUCUCCCAUGACGCGCAUCCUUCCACUAAUGGCACAGAAAAAAGAGAACACUAGUCCUUGUGAGACAUCAAUCUUCUGCAGAUGUGGUCUGUCCCUAGACCCCUUGUUUGUAAGCGCUAUGAGAUUUUCUCCCUGCAAGGAUGGUAUUUAAAAGCUGGAGAGGACACAGAAAGGAAAAAGAAGCAAAAAGUGUUGAAGGAAACACAGAGCUGUAAAUGUCAUGUACAGAUACACAGAUGCUACUUUCACAGUGUUAUUUUUACCCCUCCUCCUCUCUCUUUGAAAGAGUAAACAGUAUGUUAUAUGUCCGCUUCUGUUUUCUGUCACAUGGUGAUCACACAGUGGAGACGUAAAUAAAAGGGAACCACGACAAAAUGACUUGUUUAAAUGAUGAAAGGACUUGCAUAAUUUGUAAAUAUGUUUUUCAAUUUUAUUUUGUUCUUCUCUUUCUUUUGUUUUGCUAUGCAAGCUGAACCCAACUUUGUCUCUUUUUGCGAUUUAUUACUAUGAAUCGUUUUUUUUUUUAAUUAAUGCUCAAACUGAUGAGGCUACUGUAUCGUUUUGCACAGAGCAUUUUUUUUUGUGGUGAAAAUAAGCACAAACUAAUUUUCAGCUAAGCUGAGGAGGAGAAUCAUGAUGGCAAAGAGUGAGAUCUAUAUUAAGGAGUGUAGAAUCAGAGGUUGUACUGUAUAUUUGGCUGUGCUGUAAUCGUUAUGGGAAAUAACAGUUAAACACUUGGAACUAAUAUGCCAAAAAAAAAAACUAACUAACAUUGUUUAAUAUUUCUUGCUGAGAAACCCAUUACAGAUUACACCAAGAACAGUUCUCAGCGGAUGGCAAAGAGAACACAUUAACUUUGAUAUCCAAAGGAAGGACAUAAAACAUUGGCUGCAUCUCUGCAAUUCUGAAGAAGAAAAUCUUAAUUAAUAAUAUAUCAUUGUAUCAUUUCCAGUAACAUCUUUUGACAUGAUAAUGUGCAAUAUCCAAAACUCAAUGUGACAGUUAAGGGAGAUAAGAUGAUGGAAGUGACUUGGUGAAAGUCAAAGAUGAUGCAUUAGACAAGUGCAUUAAAGUGACCUAAAUUCACCUGCAGAAUGAAACUGUGUAAAAUAUAAGACAGCUGUAUGUGACUUUAAACAUAUAUGACAUACAUUGCUGUGAGAAAGUAUGUGCCCCCUUACAGAUUUCUUCACAUUAGUCUUUCAGCAAGAAGGCACAUGUGCUCAUAGACUGCCUACAUCAGGUUGAGGUCCUUACCCAGCCAACCGCAUCCACCCAAAUGGAUGUACAGCGCUGUGAAAAAGUGUUUGCCACCUUACAGAAUUGUUCUGUUUAGAUUUUUUUGUCCCACCUAAAUGUUUUAGAUCUUUUACAAAAAAUAGUUUUAGGUGGCAUUUUUCUCUUAAUAAAAUUAGAUUUUUGUAUUUACUCAGGUUUUCUUUGUCUGAUAUUAAAAUGUGUUUGAUCUGGAACAAAGUGUGACAAAAUCUAAAAACAGAAAGAAUCUGUUAUGGGGCAAAUACUUUCUCAAAGCACUGCUUUAACUUGUUUCAAACUUUUCGGUUUUCUGCAAAAACAUAUUUAUUUGUAGAUAUUAUUGACAGCCAGACUUUAUGAUUCAAGAUGUUAAAAAUGCAGCUGGUUAUAAUUUUCAAUUACAGUUUUCAGUCUUUACACCUGGUUGGAUCAUAAUGUUCUGAGAUCAUUUUCCUGUAAUUGCUCACUAUUUGAAGAAUCUCUCCAUGACAGAUUGGUUUACUUUCAGGAAUACACAGCCACAUACAGAAUGGCCUUUUUUUUCAAUCCUUGAUGCAAAAUAAAAUGUUUGUGUGAAAAUGAA